AUGCUUGAGCAGCCACAUUUCGGUCCCUCCAUGAAAUGUCGCGAUGUGAUUGGCUCCGCUCUUCCUUUGAUUGGGCCUCACAAGGCUCUAGACAACCAGUUCCAAAAAGUCGCCCUCAUCAAUGAUGAUAUGUGCAUCAAUUGUGGGAAAUGCUACAUGACCUGUAAUGAUUCGGGUUACCAAGCCAUUUCCUUCAACAAAGAAACCCAUGUACCAAAAGUAAAUGAAGAUGAUUGUACUGGUUGUACCCUAUGUUACAGUGUCUGCCCUAUCCCAGAAUGUAUUCAAAUGGUACCUAGGAAAGGUCCAUGGAAAGCUCCAAAUCGCGGAGUGAAGCCAGCAUUUGAGCCGGGAACUCCUCCCGUUGUAAAAGUCAACACCCAAGGAAAGCUGAACUUGGAAAAGUAA